AAGUGGGUUUUUUCUCAUAAGAAAUAUAGCAAAGACUAAAUAAACUAGUAUGUCGGGAUAUCAACAAGUCGCUCCAGGAGAAGCAGCCCCAGUUUUGCAGCAGAAUGAGGUCGCCGCUAAGUUGCACCCAGAGCAGCCAAAGUCAGCCUCUGAGAGCGUAUUAAGCCCUAUAACUAGCACCUACAACCGCUUCAUGGACUGGAGAAAGUCCCUCAAUUUGGGCAGCCCGGGUACUGCAGAAGCUAUGGGCAGAGAAGCCAAAACCACUCUCCUCUCAAACUUCAUCUUCGACGGCGCUAGAGCUGACCUCACCAAGGGCAUUUCCCUCAACCCUGCAUUCCAAGUAACACACUCCUUCUCGCUGGGAUCACAGCAAGCACCACCAAACUACUCCUUCGGCGCUGUAUACGCUGAUGCAAAGAGCUUCUUACAAGGUGCAGUUGAUCACACAGGAACACUCACCGGUCGCGCAAACCAAUCAUUCGCAAACUUAGGAACUGGCAAAAUACAAGCACAAUUGUCAGAGGUACCAGGUCAAUCCAUGAUCCAAUUAGAACAUGACUACCAAGGUCUUGAUUACUCUAUUAACGGUAAAGCAAUGAACCCAAGCUUGGUCGACGGUACAGGUAUCUAUAUUGGUAGCUAUUUACAAUCAAUCACUCCAAACAUUGCACUUGGUCUCGAAACCCUCGUUCAAAGACCACAACCAGGCAUUUCCGAAUCUUUGACUUCCUACUUGGUCAGAUUAUCCGGCUCAAACAGAGACUGGUUGGCAACCGCUCAAAUAAACCCAUCUGGAAUGUUAGAAGCUACAUACCACCAUAAACUCUCAGACAAGGUUGAUGCUGCUGCCACCUUGCAAGUCAUAAAUAGACCUCAAGGUAAGGAAGCUAGUGCUUCUUUGGGCGCAAAGUACGAUUUCAGAAUGGCAAGCUUUAGAGGUCAACUUGAUUCAACCGGAAAGGUUUCCGCUUUAUUAGAACAAAGAUUCACUCCUGCCUUUGCUUUCUUGGUCGCAGGUGAAAUCGACCACUUAAAGAAUGCAUCCAAAUUUGGUGUUGGUAUCAUGUUAGAAUCAACAACAAUGACUCCUGAAGAGAUGAACGCUGCUAUGCAGUCUGUACCACAACCUCCAAUUUAAAAUUAUAUGUAAAUAAAUUUAUUUCUUAUUAAUAAAAGUUUUCACCGUGUU